UCAAGAUUGUGUUUUGACGGGAUUCUAACCAGCAUGUUUUAUAGAGUUCUAAAAUGAAUCAGUGAACUUCAGAUAUAUUCAUGCUUGCAUUUAUUGAUAUUGCAUAGCAUCUUUGCAUUGGAAUGCAUUUGAUAUAAUUUCAUGUUAUUUAAUCACACUAUGCUCCAAACUCAAUUUCAGCAGAUCCUGCGGACAUUGUAAGUAAAUCUUAUGAAGACGGAGAUGAUAACUAAUGUUACAGAGUAUGAGGCAAUUGCAAAGGAAAAAUUGCCAAAGAUGGUUUAUGACUAUUAUGCAUCAGGGCAGAGGAUCAGUGGACUUUGAAAGAAAAUCGAAAUGCAUUCUCAAGGAUUCUGUUCCGGCCGCGUAUUCUUGUUGAUGUGAGCAAGAUAGACUUGACUGCAACUGUAUUGGGCUUCAAAAUAUCAAUGCCUAUCAUGAUUGCUCCAACAGCCAUGCAAAAGAUGGCUCACCCUGAAGGAGAAUUAGCUACUGCUAGAGCAGCAUCAGCAGCUGGCACAAUCAUGACACUAUCCUCAUGGGCUACUUCCAGUGUUGAGGAGGUUGCUUCAACAGGUCCUGACAUUCGUUUUUUUCAACUUUAUGUGUUUAAAGACAGAAAUGUGGUUGCUCAGCUUGUGAGAAGAGCUGAAAGAGCUGGUUUCAAGGCAAUUGCCCUUACUGUCGACACUCCAAUUCUUGGUCGUAGGGAGGCUGACAUCAAAAACAGAUUUACAUUGCCACCAAACCUGGUUUUGAAGAAUUUUGAAGGAUUGGAUCUUGGAAAGCUGGACAAGACUAGUGACUCCGGUCUUGCCUCUUAUGUUGCUGGACAAAUUGAUCGGUCACUCAACUGGAAGGAUAUCAAAUGGCUUCAAUCAAUCACUUCAUUGCCAAUUUUAGUUAAGGGUGUCCUUACUGCUGAAGAUACAAGGUUAGCCAUACAAGCUGGAGCUGCUGGAAUCAUUGUUUCCAAUCACGGAGCUCGUCAACUUGACUAUGUCCCUGCAACUAUUAUGGCUUUGGAAGAGGUAGUUAAAGCUGCACAAGGAAAAAUUCCAGUUUUUCUGGAUGGUGGAAUUCGCCGAGGGACAGAUGUUUUUAAAGCACUAGCUCUUGGAGCAGCUGGUGUAUUCAUUGGUAGGCCUGUGGUGUUCUCAUUGGCUGCUGAUGGUGAGACUGGUGUGAGAAAAGUACUUCAAAUGCUUCGUGAUGAAUUUGAACUAACAAUGGCACUAAGUGGUUGCCGUUCGCUCAAGGAGAUAACUCGUGACCAUGUUGUCACAGAGUGGGAUCACCCAAGAUUUUCUCCCAAGUUAUAAGAUGGCAGGACUCCACCUUGUUCUUCUAUAUUCUAAAAUAGAAAUUUUAGAAUAACCUUUGUUCUUAUUUCAUGCUUCUGUGGAAAACUUUGUUGUUACCGUGAGUCAGGCAUUAGUCAUCCAUUAGUAAUUGCUACUUCAUUUUGUUGCAUUUGGUGCUAGGAUUUGGUACUCUAGAAACAUGAUUGCCAAUAAAAUGUACUUUUUUUCUUAGCAAAAGAUUAAGUUUUAUGGUCA